GAGGUCCUCCAAUUGUUUGCAUCUGUGGGUGAGAGCUUCUUCACAGAGUCGACGAAGAAGACGACAUCGCUGGACAGAACGAAGAACACAGCUUCUUCUUGAGAUGCUUGUUUGGAGCAAGAUCCUGAGAGUAAAGCGGCUUGCGAGACCUGUGCCGAAACAAAUGUGGUUAUGAUCCUUGGUGAGAUAACCACCAAGGCAAAGGUGAACUAUGAGAAGAUUGUCCACGACACGUGCAGAGGCAUUGGAUUUGUGUCUCCUGAAGUUGGUCUUGAUGCCGAUAGUUGCAAGGUUCUUGUCAAUAUUGAACAACAAUGCCCUGAAAUUGCCCAGGUUGUUCAUGGUCACUUCACCAAGAAACCUGAGGAGAUUAGAGCUGGUGACCAAGGACACAUGUUUGGUUAUGCGACCGAUGAAACCCCUGAGCUGAUGCCACUAACCCAUGUUCUUGCUACUAAACUUGGAGCCAAACUCACAGAGGUGAGAAAGAAUGGAACUUGCCCCUGGCUCAGGCCUGAUGGUAAGAUCCAAGUGACUGUUGAGUACAGUAAUGAGAUGGGGGUGAUGAUCCCAUUGAAGGUCCACUCUGUUGUUAUCUCAACCCAACAUGAUGAGACCGUCUCAAACGAGCAAAUUGGAAAGGACUUAAAGGAGCAUGUGAUUAAGCCGGUCAUUCCUUCCAAGUACAUUGACGACAAGACAAUUUUUCACCUCAACCCAUUAGGCCGAUUUGUUAUUUGUGGGCCUCGUGGGGAUGCAGGGCUAACUGGUAGGAAGAUUAUAGUCGACACAUGGUGGCUGGGUGCCCAUGGCGGUGGUGCCUUCUCAGGAAAGGAUCCCAGCAAGGUGGAUCGUAGCGGUGCAUAUAUAGCCAGGCAGGCUGCAAAGAGUGUGGUGACUUCAGGGCUUGCCCGUCGAUUUAUUGUGCAAGAUUCUUAUGCAAUAGGUAUGCAAGAACCAUUAUCAGUAUUUGUUGACACUUACAGAACGGGGAAGAUUCCAGACAAGGAUAUUCUGGUUCUAAUCAAGCUGAACUUUGAUUUCAAGCCAGGGAUGGUUUCAAUCAAUCUUGAUUUGAAAAGAGGAGGCAACUUCAGGUAUCAGAAGACUGCUGUUUAUGGCCAUUUUGGCCGUGAUGACCCAAAUUUUACAUGGGAAACUGUUAAGCUCCUUAAUCCUAAAUAGGGCUGUUAUGAUCCACCACAACUGGAUGCUUUCCCAAGCAUUCUUCUUUUUGAUUGCCUACCUCACCCUGUGAAGAAGAGUACAAAUUGGGCAAUUUUGUAUAAAUCUCGAAGUUGGUCUUUCAAGUGCAAUGGUUUUCGAAUUAAACAGAGAAGUAUUAGAUGUUGCACAGCUGAAGUUGAAGUAAUUGAAGUACUGUAUAGUUGGGGAAUCGUUUUAUUUAUUCUUGUUAUUUCUUUUUUAGCCAAUUUUAUGCACUAAUGUUUGGGAAGUAUGUGUUUUUGGGUAAACCUGCAUGAGGUUCUGUUCCCAUUCUUUAAAAUGCUGUUGAUCUCUCUUUUCAUCUCUGAAUUGCACUUCUGUUCUUGAAGAUUUCUCAACUUCUAUUGAU